AGAAAUCCAAUAUCCAUCGCUGUGUUUUGAUUGAAAGUUUUUUCUUACAAACGAUAAACGAUACAAUUUUUUUUUUGUAACAAUGAAAUUCUUAAUCUAUUCAUUGGCAUUUGCCGCUAUGGCCGGUUUGGUUUUCGGUUCCGAAAACGAAAAAGAUCCAUAUGAUGUUGCCGAAUCAUUGAUUAAACAUGCUGAUGCAUUGAAAGAAUAUGCCGAACAGGAGAUACAAAAAUAUCAGAAUAAUUCACAUUAUCAUUUGGCCAUCAUACGUUUGGAACAUGAAAUUCAUCGUGUUGAAGCCAUUGCCGAUCAACUUCGUAAUAUGACUAAAAUGGAAAAUAUGACCGAACAUUAUAUGCAUCAUUUCCAUCAAAUUGAAAUGGAACUAUUAAUUUUUGAAAAUAUUAUUGAAGAAGAAUUAUAUUAUUUAGAACAUGGUCACCACCAUCAUGAUCAUCAUGAUCAUGAUCAUCAUCAUCAUGAUCAUGAUGAUUCAGACAUUAUCGCCGGUGAUUAUGAUAAAGAUGCUUUGUUGAAAAAAGCUCAACAACUUAUCGAUGAAGCUGAAGAUGCAAUAAAAAAAUAUGGACAAGGUAAAGAUAUCGAUGUUCAGGUGAUAAAAUCCGAAGUUGUUAUAAUAAAAAACUUGGUAAAACAAAUCAAUGAAGCUAAUAAUCCACAAGCAUUGGCCGUAUUGGAAGCAAAUCUAGCUCAACACGAGGAUAUUAUUCGUAAAUGGCUUGAUGAUAUUGAACCACACACUACACAUGCCCCAGUUACUAUUGCUUGAAUUUUUUUUUGUGUGUGAGAAAAUGAUUUAUUCAUUUUUGCGAAAAAUUAUUAAUUCCUUUGAUAAUAAUUUCUGCCCCAACAACAAUAAGUUUGUUUAUCAAUUUUGUUUUUUAUUGAAAAGAAAACGGAGAAAAUAAACUUUGAAACCAAUUCA